UUCAUUCCACUCUACAGAAGGAAAACACAUGUUGGAGACUCGGCAGAGGAAAAACAUAGAAAGCAGACAAAGAGGACUUAGGACUGGACUCAUUCUCUUGAUGUUGGAUUACUUUUCCCACUUGAAGUUUGGAUCUUUGUGUUUGCAACUUCAAAACUGAAGUGUGAGUGCGAAAGUUCAAAGCAAUCAUAGACAUGGCUGCAGCUUUCGCUUUGAGUUCGCCUAUGCUGGCUCUUGUCUUUUCUCAUCUCCUGCACCACUGCGGUCCGGUUUGGGCCGCAAUGGACACCUGUUAUGAUGAGAAGGGGGCCUCCAGCCGUUGCAUGCCCAAGUUUGAGAACGUUGCCUUCAAUCGCACGGUGGUGGUGUCAAACGUGUGUGGUUCUCCACCUGAGGACUACUGCAUGCAGACCGGCUCAACGCGCUCGUGUCACUACUGUGAUGCAUCAGACCCUGAGCUGAACCACAACGCCAGCCUCCUGACAGACUUUAACAGGAAUGAGGAGCCCACAUGGUGGCAAAGCCAGUCCAUGUACUAUGGCAUACAGUACCCCAAUUCUGUCAACCUUACCCUUCACCUUGGCAAAGCCUUUGAGAUAACAUACAUACGCUUGAAGUUCCACACCAGCCGGCCAGAGAGCUUUGCCAUAUACAAGCGUACAGAGAAGGAUGGACCCUGGUUGCCUUACCAGUAUUACAGCGCGUCAUGCGGGAAGACGUAUAGGAGGAACACCAAAGGUUACAUUCGCCCCGGAGAAGAUGAAAGGACCGCAGUAUGUACAGACGAGUUCAGUGAUAUCUCCCCUCUCACUGGAGGAAAUGUGGCUUUUUCUACCCUGGAAGGUCGGCCCAGCGCCUACAACUUUGACCAAAGUCUGGCCUUGCAGGAAUGGGUGACAGCCACUGACCUGCUCAUUUCUUUGGACAGACUGAAUACCUUUGGGGACGAGUUUUUUAAGGAUCCUAAAGUGCUGCGCUCAUAUUUUUAUGCCAUCUCUGAUUUUUCUGUGGGUGGCAGAUGCAAGUGCAACGGCCAUGCCAGCGAGUGUGUUGAGGGGGAACAGGGUGGCCUGGUGUGUGCCUGCCAACAUCACACAGUGGGAACCGACUGCCAGAGAUGUCACCCCUUUUACCAAGACAGACCUUGGGCCAGGGCCACUGGGGAUUCCGCCAACGGAUGUUUGAAGUGCAACUGCAGCGGGAGAUCGGACGAGUGCGUGUUUGACAUGGAGCAGUACAGGAGCACUGGCAGCGGGGGGCGCUGUGUGAGCUGCAGAGACAACACUAAUGGUCCCCACUGCGAACGAUGCAAGGAAAAUCACUACAGGAAGGAUCCGGAAGAGGCGUGCCUGCCCUGCAACUGCAAUAUCAAUGGCUCAUUAAGUUUGCAGUGUGAUGGAGAAGGAAGGUGUCGGUGUCGAGUUGGCGUGACAGGAGAGAAGUGCGACACGUGUCUGGCUGGCUUCCACUCACUGGGUCCAGGCGGCUGCAGGCCGUGUGAGUGCGAGCCCAGCGGGAGUUUGGAUUAUUGCUCCCCCCUGGAUGGGCAUUGCUACUGUAAGCCAAACGUGGAGGGGCAGAGCUGCAAUAGAUGCAAGCCAGGAUUUUUCAACAUGCAAAGAGAGCACCCAGCAGGCUGCCAGCCAUGUUUCUGCUUUGGUCAUUCAUUCGCCUGCUACUCGUCCAAUCACUACAGAGCCACUGACAUCACCUCAGGCUUCAUUGAAGAUCAGGACGGCUGGUGGGGAGAGUUCUCCGGAGGCCUGAAGUACCCCCUGCUGUGGAAGGAAGGGGAAGUCUACCUGCUGCCUCUUAAUGAGGAAGACACUGGUUUCUACAGAGCCCCCGAGAAAUUCCUGGGUCACAAAGUGAACAGCUAUGGCCAGCUCCUCUCCAUCACCUUCACCUCUGAAACCUCUGAGCUGCUCCCUGACCACGUCACACUGCUGCUCCAAGGAUCUGGAACUGCCCUGUCAGCAGACCUUUCCUACCAGCCGCUGCCAGACGUCGACCCCGGCCUCACCCCACGGCGCUCCUUCACUGUCAGGCUCCAUGAAUACGAGGCGAGGUUCAGGCCUCAUCUGUCUGCCUUCGAGUUCCAGCGCCUCCUUCACAACCUGACGGCUCUGAAAAUCAGCAAUGCUGGGGGACACAACUACACAUCACAGCUUGCGGGGGUAACCCUGACCUCCGCUUCCAGCUCUUCCAGUCCAGCCAGUGCUCCUGCUCCGUGGGUGGAAGCUUGCUCAUGUCCUCGAGGCUUUGCGGGCGAGUUUUGCGAGCGGUGCGCCCCAGGAUUCACCAGAGAAGACCCGGGCAGAGGGCCUUUCUCCACAUGCGUGCCGUGCAGCUGCCACCAGCAUGGAACAUGUCAUCCAGAAACAGGGGUGUGCGAGUGCCUGGAUUUCACCGGUGGGACGACCUGUGAGCGCUGCCUGGAUGGUUACUAUGGCAACGCUUUGAUUGGCACUCGUGGUGAUUGUCAGGCCUGCCCUUGCCCGGGCCUCAGCAGCUGCGCCCAGAUUGCAGAGACCGGACAGGUGGUCUGCACCAGCUGCCCUGCAGGACAGACAGGCGUGCGCUGUCAGAUAUGUGAAGAUGGCUACUACGGCGACCCCCUGGGAACGUCGGGGAUGGCUCGCCCCUGCGCAAGGUGCACCUGCAACGGAAAUGUGGAUGUCAACGCCGUGGGAGUCUGUGACCACUUUACCGGGCGAUGCCUGAAGUGCCUCGGGCACACAGAGGGCGACCAGUGCCAGCGCUGCAAGCAGGGUUUUUAUGGCGACGCCCUGAACCAAGCGGCUAGACAGAAGUGCAGACCAUGUCGCUGCAGCGCUGCAGGAACCUCGGGGCCUGUCGACGAAUGCCACCCCGCGACAGGAAAUUGCCGUUGCCUCGCUCAUGUGACUGGGCGAGAUUGCAGCCACUGUGAAGUCGGCUUCUUUGACCUUCAGCCUGGCAUAGGAUGCGAAAGGUGUAAAUGCAACCCGGUCGGCUCGCUGUCGAUGGCCUGCCAUCCAGCCACGGGGGAGUGCUUGUGUCGCGCAGGAGUGGACGGGACCCUGUGCGGCUCAUGCCGUGUGGGCUUUUUCGGAUUCUCCUCACAAGGCUGCAGAGCCUGUAACUGUGACCCGAUGGGCUCCGCUUCCAUGCAGUGUCGCGGCAACGGCACCUGCCAGUGCCGCCGCGGCUUCGUGGGUCACAAGUGCGACAAAUGUGAGCUGAAUUAUUUCUAUGACCGAGCCACCCACCAGUGUGAGGAGUGCCCAGUUUGCUACGGCCUCGUCAAAGAACAUGCCGAAAAGCUUCAGACUCGUCUUCGGGAUUUGGACAAGCUGCUGGCUCACUUUGAUUGCCGAGGCAGAUUUGGGAAGCGCCACCACCCACUGAAGUACGCCACAACGGGGCUUUACGAAGGGGAGCACCAGAGGGAAGAUACUUUUCCCAACGCGCUGGAGGAUUUUCUGGCCUUCCAAGAGGCACGGGAGGCCUUCAUAAAACAAUUUUCCUUGCUGGAAGCUUCAGCAGGCGCACUUUCAGCUCAGCUCCAUGGCAUUACAUUCGCUUUGAACUGCAGCAUCAGCAUGACGGAGGAGGAAGACAAGGACGAGAGGAAGGAUGAGAGGAAGGAUGAGGGAAGCACAGGAGCGUGUCAAACCUUCACCAAAAUCCUGCUGAUGAUCAGGGCAUCCGGGGAUCAGCUGAAGCAGGCAACGCUGGACCUGGACAAUGUGAUCAUUUCUUUUGAAGCCAUGUCAGCGCCCAACAAAUGGAGCAUAAUGGUCAACGACUCCCAGGUCCUAAUGAAAAGUCACAGUGAAACGGCGGAGCGCAUUGAGGCCGUAGCCAGCAGGGCGGUGCGUGAGUCAAAGCAGGCUUUCAGCUUCCUGAUGGAUCUACUGCAGGACAACUCCACAGAGGAGUACACCAGGAAUCUGAAAGAGCAAAUAACCCGAAUGCAGCAGCAGAAGGAAAACCUCACCGUGCUGCUAAAUGUUACUGUAGCCAAACAUCUGACCCUGGUAGAAGAAGAUGCCUCUUUCAAGCUUGCCCUGGGUAACUUCACAUCAUCCUUGCAUCAGCUGACUCUGAUGGAUGCCAGAGCAGCAUCAGACACGAACCAAACGGGCUUCAACCAAACACAUCUGGACAACUCCCCUGCACAGUUGAGUGAAGACAUUUUAAAAUGGACAGUAGAGCUGGACCAAGAAAUUCAGACCAAAGAUAAUCUCAUCAGUAACAUCAGCAAGGAGAUGGGGUCAGUAAAGCAGACAGUCUUGAAAAACCUUGAAGAAGUAGACGCAAUUAAAAUGCUGCAAGGGAAUGUUCAGGAGGCAAAAGCUUCUGCUUUGACAUCAGUGGUGUUGGGGAAAGAAGUGGAGUCAGACGUCAUCACCAUCCACAGAGAAGUAGAAAACAUGGUGAAAGAGUGGGCCCGCCGGCAGGCUCAGACCAAGACGGCGUUAAAAAAGCAAAGACCCCAGGAAGAAAAGGUCCUUUCGGAGGUCAGGAAGAAGGUCAGGCAAAUUGAGAAGAUGCUAGCUCCUGCAAGGGAAAACGCUAGCCUCACAAGGAACAUCACAAAGGAGGCAGAGGAAAUGGCGCACGAUGUGGCUAAGGGAUCCAAAGCCAUUCUGACCCAAGCCAAGCAUACCAGGACCGCAGCUUCUCACCUUAACUCACAAAUAGACUCUGCUUUAAAUAAGUUGUCAGAACAAGAAUUACUAACAGUGAAAGAAAAACCCAUGAUUCCAUCAGAGCCUGAAGUGUCACUUUCCAGCAUAAAGAAUGACAUGGAAGCAGCUAAACUCCAGUUAGAGGCAUAUUCUGUUACGCUAAGUGAACUAAUCAGCAAAAUAGACGGGAGCGUGCCUCUGGAGCGGUUUCAUCGAAUCCUAAACGAAACGGAGCGCCGCCUGAGCAUGCUGCGUGGGAGCGUGGAGAGCCCGGCGCUGGGCUCCAAGAUCCAGAAGCUGCACUCUGCUGCCAGAGAACAGCAGAGCCGCCUGUCCCUCAUCGAGCAGGACAUCCACGAGAUAAGGGAGGAGAGAGAGAGUCUCAGGGACAUUGCCUCCAACCUGCCUCAGUCCUGCCCCCAGGCCUUGGGAGAAGGUAAAGCCUAGAAAUGGGAGAUGAUUGGGAUUACAACAUCAAAAAAGAAAAAAAAAAAAAAGCAACCAAACAUCAGAAAAAGUCUGGGACAAUGUUUUUAAUAAAAGGAGCUGGAGUCUUUUCUUUCUUUUUUUUCAGCUUUAAAACUCACCGAUAUCUUCUCAGAUUUUUCUUUUUUUUUUCUUUUCUUUUUUUUUUUGCCCUAAGCUACAAUUCAUUUUCCCAUCAUUGAGCGAAGACAUACACAGUUUAGCCAAAUGCCUCCGAGCUCUCCUCUGUCUCCAGUGAUUCAUACUUGAUCCCCCUCCUUCAUCUUGAUGUUUUUUUCUUUCUCACUCUCUCCCUUCAAUUUUCCAAUCUCUUCUGUUUUUUUCACCAACAUUAUCAGAAUUUCAAUUUCCCUGCAAACAUUAACCAGCCGGCCCCCGAGAACACCCACAAGUUUUGGAAUACUGCUGACUUUCCUUUGCGGGGGUAAAAAGGUGUGUCUGAGGGCUCCUUCAGUCUGACACAUUCAUUUACACUUCAGCUCUCCUUUCAUCACUGUGCCUUAAUUAACAAUUAGUCAUCUUGGCCUCGGCGGUAUUCAGGUCAGGCUUCAUCGACAUGCAGCCUGGCUUUUUGGGUAUUCUCAUGGUGCCUACCUGCCUGUUUUUGUUUUCCUCUUUUUACUGAGUCACUAUCAAGCUGUCAAGUUGCCUUGUGUCCUGGGGGUCACAAUCGGUGAGUAUGGACGGCUCCCUGUGACCAAGCUGUUCGAGCAAUCUCUUCAAAAUUUUCCUUAAGUGACAUAGCUAAUGAACAGGCAUGGGCCAGUCUCACCAUACUUAUAGAAAAAUAAAAACAAAAAAAAAUAAUGACACAGCAUGAUCUAAUGAUGAUCCCUGAUGACAUGUCCUGCAGUAGAUGCGCAUAAACUCUGAGCAUAAUUAAAUCCAUAUUUGACUUGUUCACAUAUGAAAGAUUUAGACUUAUAUUGGUCUAAAUGCAGAGGGAAGUCAUUUAAAGAGCUCCGUUUUGUGUAUUAACUAAUGAAAACCACUGUAAGAAUCAUAUUUUUUCUUGAAAAGUUACCUUAAGUAACUACCACAGAGUAAAUGUAGGUCAUUGGUAGCCAUCUUUCGUCUCAUCUCAUUAAAAACUGGGACAUGUGCCUUUGGUUUUGCACCCAUUGGGAGAUACACAGGGUAUGACAACAUUAGCAUCGAUAGCAGCUAACUUCUUUCCAGUGGUGGUAUUCUCACCAUGCUUUUGAAUUGCUCUUAUUUUGUCCGUUAUUGUUUAACUGUUUCUUGUUGGUGUCAGCCAAUCAAAAUGCAUAUUGUAUACUUAGAAGUGUUGCCUAGACUCCCAAUAAAACAGAGUAGUCUGUAAACUACUUAAUUGCUUCUUUCAAAAUAAGAAUGUUGAACUUCGAUCUACCAGGAUGUCACAUUGACAACACAUCUCUAUAUCUGGGGCUCAUAUUAAAGAAUUCAACUUUAGACUCCAGAUACAGGCGUAUGCUUACAAUUCUUCAUCUUCAUAAUGCAUUCAUAUUAUUUAGUCUAAAUCUCUCCUAAUGGAACAAUGUAAAAGUUAAAUUUCAUUAAAUAAAUUAUGUAAAAGACUUAGUAAUUUGUAUUUUGAUGUUGAUACACUGACACAAAUAAAAAUAUAGAAUAGAAGUCUUCAAAAGCUUGUCGGGAAGAAUAUUAACCCGUUCAAACGUUAUCGUUUAUGACAUUAACAGCUCAAACUUGUAAUCCUAGCUUGCAAAAUGUAAGUUUGAAACUAUAUUUCCUUCAUAACAGUGAUGGACAACCCUUCAGCCCCCCCUCCCUUACUGACCCUGUUUAUCACAAGCAGAAAUUUCGGUUCAGUCCCAAACUUUUUUGCCAUCUCCUGUAAAAGCGAUGUGAGCUGCAAAAUGUCUGUUGUUGACCAUUUAAAGCUUAGUCUGCCUUGAUUCUGGUAACAAGCCCGUGCCUGUUCAUAAAUUGAUGGUUCAUUGUACUUUAUUUAUGUAGGGUUGAUGUGAUAUGAUCUCAAUAGGAAAUGUAUGAAGUUUUUAAAUAAUCAGAAGUGUAUUUUCAGUAUUUUAGGCCUGCCAGUAGGAAAAACAAAAUCCACUAUAAAACAUACUUGAAAUGCUACUUCAGCUCAAUGUAUCUAUUGUUAAUGGACCAAAGAGUACACUGUGUGAUAUCAUGAGACGGGAUGAUUUUAGCUGAAGAAAUGUGUAAAAUGGCACAUCCCACAUAUAAAAAAAAAAAAUUAAUAAAUUUUGUCUGAAAAAA